AAAUCCUUAACCAACUAAUGGACGCCCGGGUGGAUCAGAGAGAAUUGGAGCGUCGACAAAAAAUGAAAGAUUUACUUGAAAGUCUAAUGAGAGUGUUCCCCGAGGGUGUGCAUGGGCGAAUGAUCGAUUUAUGUAAAACAACUCAACGAAAAUACGAUGUGGCAAUAGCCAUCAUUCUUGGAAGAAAUAUGGAAGCUGUUGUUGUCGAAACAGAGAAAAUUGGACUUGAAUGUAUUAAGUAUAUACGAGAGCAACGACUAGGUCAAGCUACCUUUAUUCCGUUGGAUACGAUUUCUGUAAAACCUAUUAAUGAUAAGUAUAGAAGUAUGCUUAAAGGUGCAAGGUUAGCGAUUGAUGUAAUCACUUUUCAAAGAGAUUAUGAGAGAGCCUUCCAAUACGCCUGUGGAAAUACCUUGGUGUGUGAUACUUUGGAAAUAGCCAAAACAAUUUGUUAUGGGAAAAAUGAAGCUGUCAAAGCUGUCACUCUAGAUGGCACAAUUAUACAUAAGAGUGGUUUAAUUACUGGUGGUCAAAGCGGAAUAGAAGCUGGCGCACGAAAAUUCCAAGAGUCGGACUUUGAAGCAAUGAGUCGUAAGCGAGAUGCAUAUAUGUCACAAUUAAAUGAAUUGAACAAAUCGAAACGUAAAGGGAAUAUCGAAGAACAGAUUAAAGGUGAAAUCUCCGCAUUCGAAUCGAAGUUAACUUUGUUUCGUGAAGAUCAGAAUGCAACAAGGCGGAGAUUGGCUUCUACAGACGAGGAAUUGAACUUGAUUCAAAGUGAAAUCAAACAUAUACAGCCAAAUGCCAAUAAGGCUGAGAAUGACUUAGCAGCUUUGAAGUCAAGAAUUGCCUCGUUAGAGGAUGAAAUCAAUGCAAUUGAAGAUAGCAUAUUUAGCGAAUUUUGUGAGAAAAUUAGAGUUGCAAAUAUACGAGAAUACGAACAACGUCAACUAAGAAUGGCACAAGAAGCUGCUGAAAAAAAAUUGCAAUUUGCCACGAAACAAUCGCGACUUCAAAAUCAAUUAAAAUUUGCGGAGGAGCAACUCAAUGAAACUGCCGACCGCUUAACAAAGCUUCAAGAAUUGAUUGAUAGAGAUACCUAUAAUUUGUCAGACUAUGAAGCAAAACGGGAUCAAAUCUUACAAGAUAAUGAAAAUAUUUCGGAAGAAAUUCAGAAACUCAAUGAAGAUUUAGAAAAAGUCAAGGAAGAACUUUCCGCUAAAACAGAUGUAUUGAAUAAUAUAAAAAAAGAAUUGACAAAAGUCAAUAAAGAGCUUGAUAAAUUAUCUAAAGAUGUGAUCAAAAGGGAAGAUGACAUCAAAAGGAAUCGUAGUGACCAAUUCUCUAUAUUUCGCAAAUGUAAAUUGGAGGAGAUUGAUUUACCGUUACUUGAGGGAUCACUGGAUGAUAUACCAAUUGAAGAUCCGCAACCACAAGAUGAUCCAUUUGAAAUGGAUAUCGAUGAUGAGCCUGGCCCGUCAGCUAGAGGCGCGGAUCGAUAUGUACAACUGGAUACAGAUUGGCCAAUAACAAUUGAUUUCUCAGAGUUGACCCGACAUCAGACAGAUACCAAUACGGAUAAUAUGGCAAAUAUGGAAAAGCAAUUUCAUGCUUCGCUUGCUGAAAAAAAUGCGGAAAUUGAAAGGAUGGCUCCUAAUUUAAAAGCUAUUGAGAGAUUGGAUGUUGUCGAACAACGUUUACAAGACACGGAAAAAGAAUUUGAUAGUGCAAGAAGACAAGCAAAGACUGCAAAGGAAAAGUUUAAUAUUAUCAAACAGAAAAGAUAUCAACGCUUUAAUGACGCAUAUAGUCAUAUAUCAGAACGGAUUGACCAAAUUUAUAAGGAUCUGACGAAAAGUCGAAAUUUCCCAUUAGGCGGGACAGCUUAUUUAAGCUUAGAAGAUACGGAGGAGCCUUAUUUAGAUGGGGUAAAGUAUCAUGCAAUGCCUCCCAUGAAACGAUUUCGCGAUAUGGAGCAGCUAUCUGGUGGGGAAAAAACCAUGGCUGCCUUAGCAUUAUUGUUUGCUAUUCACAGCUAUCAGCCAUCGCCAUUUUUUGUACUUGACGAGGUAGAUGCUGCGCUUGACAACACAAAUGUGGGAAAAAUUGCAAAUUAUAUUCGAGAACAUGCAUCCGACACCUUUCAGUUUGUUGUCAUAUCACUAAAAAGCACUCUUUAUGAGAAAGCACAAGCUCUUGUGGGGAUAUAUCGCGAUCAAGAAAUAAACAGUAGUAAGACUAUAACUUUAGAGGUCGAUAAAUAUGAAGAAUGA